UUCAGCAUUUGUUCUCUCUCGCACUUCCUUUUUCUACUUCACUCUCUUGAAAAAGGAAGAGAAGAAAAACUUGUUUGUUUUCUUCAAUCAAAACCGGGUUUCCUAGCGGUGCCCGUCUCAUCAGAUCGGAUCCGGUCUUUUUUUCAGGCGUUGAGGAUUGGAGCUAAGUUAUACACUUUUAAAGGACUGCAACUUCAAACUUUUUCACUAAGCCUUUUGGCUGUUUUGAAUUUUUUAGGUCAAUUGGGUUUUCGAAUAUUUUAUCUGGUAUCUCGAUAAUGGCCGGUGAAAUGACUUUGGAGAAUCCUGAACCCAUCAAUGCGGUUCCGAAGUCUGAAGCUGUUCCCAAAUUGGCUGAGCAGGAUGCGAAUUCUGGAAAAAUUGGAAUGGCAUCUGAUUUGACUUCCACAAUAUCUUCUUCACCAUAUGAAUCUUCUGGUGCAAAAGCUGAGAGUCAUCAAGACUUGGUUGGAGAACCUGGUUUCAAUCAAUCUACUAGCUUUGAAAAUUAUUACUACCCAGGUUAUGAUGGGUCAUUCACUCAAUCUGAUGAUAAGGGUUAUUUUCUUACCGAUGGUUCACUUACAGGUGUGCAAUCGGAAAAUGGGUCCUUGGUCUACUAUUUGCCUGGCUAUAACCCAUAUGCUACUGGGGCUCUAAUGGGUGUUGAUGGGCAAUGCCUUGGUCAACAACCAUAUUAUUCAUCAGGAUAUUUUCAGCCUCCUGUUUCCUAUGCAUCAGAAGCCAUGCCUUGUUACUCAUGGGAUUCAACAUAUGCUGGAGAUGUUUCAAAUGGAAUCCUUGAUGGUUUUGGAAAUGUAAAAUAUGGUUCUGGCUCUGCUUUUGCAAAGUCAAAUGGUUUCAACUCAACAAAAUCUAAUGGCCUUGGUACUAAACUAUCGAAAUCUACUUACGCUCAGCCUAACAAACCACUAAGCAAGGGGCCUCAUUCAGGUUCUGAUCCAUCCGCAGGAUCUUAUAGGGGAUACUACCCAGCUGGAAGAUCUUCAUUUAACAACCAAAAGCAAGGUCUUUCCCAAUACAAUGGUCAUAUGAACUACAGACAGAAUGGGAGAGCAUGGAAUCAAAAUGAUAGGUAUAAGAAAUCCAACGUUGACUUUGAAACCUCAGCUGAACUAACUUGUGGUCCAAGGGCCUUAAACAGGGCUGCCCCUUUGGACUCUUCUGUUAAGAAGGAAGGCCUGGGACUUAACUUAUAUAAAGAUAAAUACAACCUACAAGAUUUCCCAACUGAGUAUGAAAAUGCAAAGUUCUUUGUCAUUAAGUCCUACAGCGAGGAUGAUGUCCACAAAUCCAUGAAGUAUAAUGUGUGGUCAAGUACUCCGAAUGGCAAUAGGAAGCUAGAUGCAGCAUUCCAUGAAGCUGAAACUAGAGAAAGUGAGACUGGCACCAAAUGUCCUAUCUUUCUUCUUUUCUCGGUUAAUGGAAGUGGACAGUUUGUUGGCUUAGCUGAGAUGAUUGGCAAGGUGGACUUCAAUAAAGAUAUGGACUUCUGGCAACUGAACAAGUGGAAUGGUUUCUUCCCUGUUAAGUGGCAUGUUAUAAAAGACAUCCCUAACAAGGAGCUCUUCCACAUCAUCCUAGAAAACAAUGAGAACAAACCUGUAACUCAUAGUAGGGACACUCAAGAGAUUGGUCUCAAGCAAGGCUUAGAACUGCUCAGGAUUUUUAAAGGCUAUUCAGAAAAAUCAUCAUUGUUACAUGACUUUGGAUUUUAUGAAAAUCGAGAGAAGACACUUGAUGCGAAAAAGAAUUACAAGCCUGCUACUCUAGAAUACAUGGAAGAUGAUUUGACUAAGCAAUCAAAAGCAGGAGACAGAGAAGUGGAAGAAGAGUUGAGGAGGACCAAGAAAACUGGAGAUGCAACAUCCAUCAUCAAUCUCACCAAAAAACUAUCCCUCAACGGCUGCAAUCGGAAGAGCAUCGCUGUGAAGAACCCAAUAGCAAGUUCAUUUCCUACCGUCCCUGCACCAUAGCUUUUCAACUAGUUAAGAUGUUUUUCAGCUUUUUGCUUUAAAAUUCUUUGUCUAUGUUGCCUUUUUUUUAAUCUGAGUUGGAUUUUUAGUUGACAAAGCAAUGAAUUUGAAUUAGCUUUUGCUGGAGUUUUUUAAA